AUGCAGCAGAAAAUACCGAUAGACGGUGUGGCCUUGCUUGUAGGAAGGCGCAUUGCGGCACUGCUUGUACCUGUGUUUGCAUGUAUGCUUUUAGUUUCAUGGAGUGUGUUGAAUCUGUCCAGUUUUGUUGCUGACCAGCAAUUUUCACCUAUUUUUUCCUUUAUGGAUGAGGAAGCGCAUGACACCAUUCGGGGCAAGAUUGGUUCUUCCAUAGUGAAUGCCUUGAUUCUUGUUGCAAUGCUGACCGUUAUGACAUUUUUAAUGGUGUUGUUAUACGCGUGUCAUUGUGAGAAGGUUCUUUUUGCAGUUUUGUUCUUUUCGGCAGGAUUUACGCUUUUCUUCAUGACGUGGAUGUGGAUGGAUCUCUUCUGUACGCGGUUUCAGAUACCAUACGACUUUAUUACAUCCUCAUUUUUACUUUGGAACGCUGGUAUUGUUGGGCUUGUCUCUAUUUUUUACUACGCACACCCCGUCCUUGCGCAGUUUUAUCUGGUGGUGGUGUCAGUCAUUGUGGGUUGGUCAAUGACGUUUUUUUCAGAGUGGAGCACAUGGUCGAUGCUUGUGUUUGUCGCGCUAUACGAUAUGGUUGCUGUACUAAGCCCGCGGGGGCCACUUAAGAUGCUCAUUCAGAUUGCAGAGAAAAGAAAUGAACCGCUCCCCGGAUUUGUGUAUAAUUCAAGUGCGAAUCCAUCGAUGCAAACAGCAGAACGUGUGGGAGUACCCCCGGGCGAGGACAUGCAUACACGGGAUGGCUCACGUGAAAAUAAUAGUAGCAACGAUGCUGAUUCCAAAACAUCUUCUCAAAUGACAUCUGUGUCUCGCCUUUAUUAUGCCCUGGACCGUAGUCCAUUCAAAUUAGGUCUGGGUGAUUUUAUAUUUUAUAGCGUUUUAAGUGCUAGAGCAGCUUUAUACGCAUUUAUGCCAUGGGCAGCGUCCACCGUAGCCGUUUGUUUUGGUCUGGUGGCCACUUUGACAACGUUGCUGAUGUACAAAAGUCGCUUUCCCGCUCUCCCCGCGUUGCCUAUAUCUAUAUGCUUUGGUGUGGCCGUAUUCUUUUUGUACCGUUUCGUCGUUACCCCACUGGACUACUUCGCAGCGCUUUCAGUGCUUGCGCUUUGA